AAAUUGAUAUUUGGCUUUAAUCGAGGGAGGGGGGAUGAAGGGAGAGCACCAUGCCGGAGUGUUAGGCAGGGAGGGAAACACAAACCGACAGCUUUACACGAACCAAUGCAGAUUUGGAAAGGCACCAUGUAAAUUUUGCUGGAUCUAAAGGUCGUGUUGGAAUGGGCGACACCUGGAGAUGGAAAGAAUGCUUGGUAAAGAAAGCCAGAGAGUUCGACUGAUCCUGCUGCGUCUCUCGGUUUCUCGCUCAGGCCUCGGUCAUGAACUUGGCUCUUGCGGCACUGAGGCUUAUGUGCCUGGCCUGGCUGUGGCCCGUCGCACGGCUCAAAGGAAGCAACACGCAAAACCAGCGAAGGCACAAGGACGUCUAUCUGGGCGAAAACACCCGACACAAAUUUGGAGGACGAAUAGACUUUAAAACAAAGAAGUCGGACAGCACCAAAUCUCUGCUGAUUAAAUCAGAACAGCUCUUGCGAAUCGAGGAUCACGACUUCGCCAUGAGACCUGGUUUUGGAGGUUCGGCUAUUCCAGUGGGCAUCGAUGUGCAGGUGGAGAGCAUUGACGGCAUUUCAGAGGUCAAUAUGGACUUCACCAUGACACUGUACCUCAGGCAUUACUGGCAGGACGACAGGCUGGCCUUCCCUUCCAGCAAUAACAAGAGCCGAACAUUCGACGCGCGGCUGGUGAAAAAGAUUUGGGUGCCAGACGUCUUCUUUGUUCACUCCAAGCGUUCCUUCAUUCAUGACACCACCAUGGAAAACAUCAUGCUCAGAGUCUUUCCAGACGGGAACAUUCUUUACAGCGUCAGGAUCACAGUAACGGCCCUCUGCUCCAUGGACUUCAGCAGAUUCCCGCUGGACACACAAAACUGCUCUCUGGAGCUGGAGAGCUACGCAUACAAUGAGAACGACCUCAUGCUCUAUUGGAAGAAUGGGAACGAUUCAUUAAGGACUGACGAGAUUGCACUCUCGCAGUUUUUUAUUGAAGAAUUCCACCCUUCCUACGGGCUUGCCUUCUACAGCAGCACCGGCUGGUAUAACAGGCUGUACAUAAACUUCAUCCUCAGGAGACACAUAUUCUUCUUCAUGCUGCAGACAUACUUUCCCACAAUGCUAAUGGUCAUGCUCUCCUGGGUUUCCUUCUGGAUCGACAGGAGAGCUGUACCGGCCCGCGUCUCUCUAGGAAUCACCACCGUGUUGACCAUGUCCACCAUCAUCACGGGUGUGUCGGCCUCCAUGCCGCAGGUGUCCUAUGUGAAGGCGGUCGACAUCUACCUGUGGGCCAGUUUCCUCUUCGUGUUCCUUUCGGUCAUUGAAUACGCUGCAGUAAAUUACUUCACCACAGUAGAGGAGAUGAAGAAACUCCAGAAAGGAAAGCUUCCAGUUUCCUACGACGCGACUCAGGCAAUGGCGUACGACGGCUGUUUUCACGACGACAUCGACGCGUCGCCGUUCCCUGAACUGCCGACCACGCCGAGCACCACGCGCACCAUUCCGGCCAGAGCCUCAUCCACCGAGCCGCCGCCGACCGAGGGCACGAGACUCUGGAAGAAGCGCUCGGUCGGCAAAAACAUCCGCUUCAUCAUGAGCAACAGCUACAUGAUCGACUCCUACUCCAGAAUCCUCUUUCCACUGGCCUAUCUGCUCUUCAACAUCAUCUACUGGUGCAUCUACUCCUGAAGAUGCGCUGUUGGGGACAAAAUGAGCACAAGUGACCUGAAAAAGUGGACAAUGUUGCUGAAAGGAUUCAGAUGGAUGUGUGGUUCAUACACCUACACAAGACGCCUCUUAAAUAUUCUGUAUGCGUAUAGGCCUACUUCCAAAACACAUUAAAAAUGUUUAGCUCAUUCAACGAUAUAGCUAUAGAAAAAAGAGAGAGCGCUUGACAGUUCUGUGGAUUUACUGGAUUUAUAUUGAUUAGGUAGUAAAAUGGUUAUAUUUGUU